CCACACUUAUUAAACUUUUACUCUGUGAGUCUCGGGGCGACGUGCAUAACUGCUUUUCAGAGUCUCGCAGAGAGAUAGAGAGAGAAAAAGCCACCAUCCCCGACAUUCACCACCCCACCUCCAAGCAAGUCUGGCUCGUCUGGGUUAUUUCAAGUUCGCUGCGUGAAAAAAUUGUGGUCUGGCAAGAGACCUGAUUCACGGAGCUCGCUUAAUUAGUCUGGGAGUUCGGUUUGGGGGUUGCGCCCGUCAAGCCUCUGUGUGUACAGACCGUCUCAAACAGGAGAUUCAUCAGAGCCGUCGGGAAGGCGGAGAAGAAGAGGCAACAGCAGCAGGAGCAGCAGCAGCCGUUGUUAAACUUUUGAAAACAAAGACUGCUCACGCCAUCCACCACUCCGCUCCGCUCCGCAAACCCAGCCACCCGAAACCCCACACCACUGCUCAUCUAACAUAGCCCCCCCCCCCCCACACACACACUUUCCCUCGUUGCACCGAGAGACCGACCGGCGGCAGCUGUUUUGUUUCCGGGCCGACCGACCGAGCGGACGGACGGUCAAUAGGAGAACCGUGACCGACGAAAGGACACCCGAGGGAGGGUCGCGCGACCCGCAGGCAUGCGGCCCGCGGGCCCCCGAGCUCACGAGACCGUCAUGCCGCUGGUCGUGGCCCUUGUGGUCGCCCUGGGUGUCGGGGCGUUCGCUGCAGAUGACCUCUCCGACAGCCACCCCUGGGACUCGGCCGACGCGACCUCGAGCCCAGGAACAGCGGCGCUGGGCGACUACGAGAUCGUCCACCCUGUCCGCGUUGCCGCCUCGGGCUCCUUCCUGUCCCGCCGCGUGAGCCACCACGCCCGGCCACCCCACAACCGCAGCCCGCAGCGCCGGCACGCGCCCUCCGGCGAUCAGCCAGCCGGCACGGACCCCCCAAACCCGCCGAGCCUGCCGAAACCCCCGGAGCCUCCGUCGGUCUUCUACAACCUGAGCGUGGGCGGGCAGCACCUCCACUUGCGUCUGGAGCUCAACCAAGGCCUGCUUGCGCCCGGGUUCCUGCUGGAGCGCCGGCUGGACGGGAGAACGGGGGGUCCGGCUGGCGUCAUGACGAACCGGUCUGCGAGGGUCAGCCUGGAGCGGCCCCGCAAGGGGAACACGUGCCACUUCCUAGGCCGGGUGCUGGAGGGAGGCAAGGAUCUGGGCCACGCCGCCAUCAGCACCUGCGCUGGCCUGACGGGGCUGAUCCGGCUGCCUCGGGGCGACUACUUCAUCGAGCCUCUCACGGAGCCUCCCGGCCAAGGGACCGGCCAAGGGCGGCCACACGCCGUCUACCGCCGGCACGCCGGGGCCAGCAGCCGCCCGCGCGCCAACGGGACGUGCGCCGUGCCAGACUCACCUGUGGAGGCGAGCCGGGUGGAGCUGCAACGCGAGCGCUGGGAGGAGCGGCGGAGGCGGGCGACGGUGCCGGGCAGGAAGAUCGUGGGGCGCUCGCGUGAGGUCAGCCACGAGCGCUGGGUGGAGGUCCUCGUCGUCGCCGACGACAAAAUGGUGGACUACCACCGUAAGGGCAGCACCGAGGCCUACGUCUUCACCGUCAUGAAUAUGGUCGCCGGAUUGUUUCGUGAACCGAGCAUCGGGAACCUCAUCAAGGUGGUCCUGGUGCGAGUGAUCCUUCUUGAGCAAGAGGAGCAAGACCUGAAGAUCGUCACGAAUGCUGAGAAAACUCUGGCCAGCUUUUGCAAGUGGCAGAAAAACAUUAAUGUCGGAGAUGAUUCACACCCAAACCAUCACGAUGUGGCCAUUCUUCUCACCAGGAGGGAGCUGUGCGCGGGACGGGGUGAACCGUGCGGGACCCUGGGUCUGUCGCACCUCUCGGGGAUGUGCGUCCCGCAGCGCAGCUGCAACGUGAACCAGGACAUGGGCCUGCCCCUCGUCUACACGGUGGCGCACGAGCUGGGGCACAACCUGGGCAUGCGCCACGACGGGCAGGGCAACGAUUGCGAGCCCGGGGCCCUGGGCCACCCGCUCGUCAUGGCGCCGCACAUCGUCUACGACUCGGCCUCCCUGGGCUGGUCGAGCUGCAGCCGGCAGUACAUCACGCGAUUCCUCGACCGGGGAUGGGGCCACUGCCUGAACGACUGGCAGAGCCACCACUUUGUCCCCACGGGGAUGCCCAUGGUGCCACCCGGAGUUCUCUACGAUGCCAACCACCAGUGCCGCCUGCAGUACGGCACCACCUCGGCCCACUGCCCCAGGAUGGGGGAUGUCUGCCGUGCGCUGUGGUGCGAAGUGGGAACCGCGUGCUACUCCAAGUACGACGCCCCGGUGGACGGCACGUGGUGCGGCGACAACAAGUGGUGCGUGGGAGGAGAGUGCGUGGCGGCGGGGACGUGGCCCAUCCACGUGCGCGGCGCGUGGGGUCCCUGGAGCUCCUGGUCGGUGUGCUCGCGAACGUGCGGCGCCGGCGCCCAGAGCAUGGAGCGGCAUUGCAACAACCCCACCCCGCGAUUCGGAGGAGAAUACUGCACGGGCGACUGGCGCCGGUACCGCGUGUGCAACACCGAGGCCUGCCCCCUCAACGGCACCUCCUUCCGCCAGCUGCAAUGCAGCGAGUUCGACAAGGUUCCCUACAGGCGGCAGAUGUACACCUGGCUGUCCGUGCCGUACCCCGAUAACCCCUGCGAGCUGCACUGCCGCCCCAAGGAUGGCCGCUUUUCAGAGCGGCUGAGAGACUCGGCUGCCGACGGCACGCCGUGCGGCCUGCCCUCGGAAGGCCUGAGCAUCUGCAUAAACGGUAUCUGUAAGAAGCUGGGAUGUGACUUUGUGAUCAGCUCCCUGGCCACGGAAGACCGCUGUGGCGUCUGCAAAGGCGAUAAUUCCACCUGCAGAACCAUCUCGCGAAACUUUGAUCUACAGGAGGGAUUUGGGUACGUGGACGUAGGCCUCAUUCCCGUGGGCGCGCACGACGUGCUGGUGGAGGAGCUAGCCGAGGCCGGCAACUUCCUGGCACUGCGAACCGCCGAGGGCGGGCGGCCGCUGCUUAACGCUGGCUGGGUCAUCCAGUGGAGUGGCGUCUACCCGCUGGCCGGAACCACCUUCACGUACCAGCGGCAUCAGAACCACGAGAGGCUGAGCGCGCCGGGACCGACGCAAGAGCGCAUCUGGAUACAGCUCCUGUACCAGGCGAGGAACCCCGGCGUUCGCUUCCAGUACACAGUAAACAGCCCGUGGGCAGUGCGCGGCGGAGGCGCUGCGGGAGCCUCAAAUUCGCGUCCAAGCUUCUCCUGGCUCUACGGCUCCUGGACCGAAUGCUCAAGCACCUGUGGAUCAGGUGUGCAGUACAGGGAGCCGCACUGCACGGAGGCGUCGCUGGGAAUUGUCGAGAAAAGGUUCUGUGACCCCGCCACGUUGCCCAAUGACACGCGGAAGGAAUGCAACACGCAGGACUGCCCGGCACGUUGGUGGACGGGAGAGUGGCAGGAGUGUUCGACCAGCUGCGGGGAGCUGGGCGUCAGCAAGCGGAGCGUGCGGUGUGAGCGUGGCGGCAGAGCAGCUGGGCCCCACGAGCCCAGCCUCCCAGACUCCCACUGCUACCAAAGGCCCAAGCCGAAGACGCGCACUCCGUGCAACCGAGGGAUGCCCUGCCCUGCCCGCUGGCUCGUCGGCGACUGGUCCCAGUGCUCCGUGUCCUGCGGUGGGGGCCACAGGACGCGUGCCACCUACUGCGACAAUCGCCGAAACAGGACAGCCUGCGAGGGCAAGGCCCGGCCUGCCGCUAUGGAAGAAUGCAAUCUCACCGAGUGCCCACCCGCCAGUGACAGGCACCAAAGCGUGCCAAAGCAUGGCGUCAAAGGGCGUCAUCGGGACAUGUCCAACGAGCUGCAACCGCGCCCACAUUUUGUCCCACCACUAGACCAGCUGCUGCCCAGUGGCAACGGCGGACCCCUCGAUAGUUUCGGCAAACCGGUGAGCACCGGCCAGGGUCAUGGGUCGGGGGAAAUUCACGAGAGGAACCAGCUGCCUUCUGCCGAACCGGAGUCUUCGGGAGACAAGGGCGACAACUCCAUCAAAGGAAGGCUUUACCACCAGCAUCAAAAGGGAAUUGGGAAAAACAAGUUUAAGAACAACAUGCUGGUGGACCUCUUCGAUUAUGACUACAACUUCAUUGGUUUUCACGAAGAUCUGCUCAUCAAAGACUUUUAUAAGAACGGACCCGGGGCCGGCACGGCCUUGCAGUUGACACCGUUGAAAGGCUUCCAGUCAGAUGCGCCAUUAAUGCUGUUGAGAGAUGAAGCCGUAUCACCCACUGGGGAUUCUGGUCCUGUUCCCAAGCCAGACCACUUAGAGCGAAACCAGAGAAAUGGUUUUCAGGAGCAGUUCAUUAUCAGCAGCACUCCGGAUGAUAUGUUCAUCUUGGAAGAAAGGCUCGGAGCAUCUGGAACUGCGCCGCCCGACAUAGUGACAAAUGUAGCGCGAAAAUCCCAAAAAACAAGCUCUACCGUCCGUAUUAUUAACGAUGAAUAUACCGCUCAGUCCCACUUCAGUGACUCUGCCACUGCGAAGACUUUAUUAGAGAGCCCCAGCCGCAUGCAUUCCCAUGGUUACCUUCCAGCAUCGCCCACUCAGACCACGGCAGAGAAAAGCUCAGGCGCACACACCUUUGAGAUGGCGUCACCGAGCAGCACACCGAUAGCCAGAAGUAAAAGGCUACCAGCCCUUGACGUUUCUCGAAGCGUUGCCGUUAAGAGUACAGGGAAAGAAGCCACGACAGUGGCAGGGCUGCACGAUGUGGCCACAUCGGCGCCUGACGGCAACAGUUUCAGGUCAGCUGCAUCACAAAGGCCCGGACAAAUCGAAGCACCGGGCGCCUUGCCGAUGGCAGAGAGCGUGGACGAUGAGAGCACAGAUGAAACCCACACAACAGGAAGGUCAAAUUCACGUCUCGCAGUGGGGCCCAAGGAACCAGCGGAAAACUUCAAUGAAGUCACGCUCACUAACGCAAGUGUGGAUGUUGGUGCAACUAAAGAUUCUUUAAACCAAAAAAGUAUAUUUGAUGACAUCAUCGGCUAUGAUGAUGAUGAGGGUGCUGGUGGUGGUGGUGAUGGCACUGACAUUGAUCAAAUUGAUGGUGAUUCUAGUCCUCCAGAAAGAGACUGGUGGAUGGAAAUGGACUCGGAUGAAUUUACCACAUCCACAACGUCGCCCUUGGCCACCAAGCAACCUUCCGCUACCUCCUCGUUUGAGAAGUCCAAUAGUGCAAACGAAAGUCCUGGUUUGCCUGGACACUGGUUCGUGGGUGUCUGGAGUGAGUGCUCCGUGAGCUGCGGGCUGGGAGCCAUGUGGAGAGCCGUGCGGUGCAGCUCUGGCCGGCUCGACGAUUGCGACGCUGCCAAGCGGCCGGAGCCGGCACGCCGAUGCCACGUUCGCCCCUGCGCCGUUUGGAUCGCGGGCAACUGGAGCAAGUGCUCGGAGGAGUGCGGCGACGGCGGGGUGAAGAUACGUGUGGUGCAGUGCGUGGAUGCGCACAAGCCCGGCCGGGCCUUGCGUCCGUUCCACUGCCACUCACGGGGAUACACACCGCCCACCAGCCUCGCCUGCAACUCACAUCCCUGCCCCGAGUCGAGCACCGGCAAUUGGAGCCAAUGCUCGCGUGAGUGCGGCGGAGGUUGGCAGCACAGGUCGGUGACGUGCCCCCCGGGACGUCGGUGUGACGAUGACGGCGACGCAAGGCCCAAGCUCCCCCCAAUUGCCCUCCGCCCCUGCAAUCCGCAACCGUGUCUCGAGUGGAUGGUCGGGCGGUGGGGAGAGUGCAGCGUCUCCUGCGAUGGAGGUGUCCAGCAUCGGAUGGUGCAGUGUGUGAUUGCGGCGACGCGGCAGCCAGGAGGAAACGGGACGCGGUGCGGAACUCUGCCGCGUCCGGAGACGAUCCGAGCCUGCGGCACGCACGCCUGCGACACGAUACCUGAGUCCACGUGCCACGAGGACGCGAUGCCGCCCGUGUACUGCGGGCUGCUCGCGACCACCGGAGGCUGCGUCGCGCCGGGCGGGCGCUCUGAGUGCUGCAGGACGUGCCGCCGGUUCGCGGUCGCCGGCCCGCACGGAGACGCCGGCGGGGAGCCCUCCCCGAGGGUGGCAAUGGGCACGGUUUGACACCGGUGGUGGUGGUGGUGAUGAUGGAGCAGUGUGUGUGUACGUAUAAAAAUCUACGUGUCCUCCAUCACCAUGUACACAAGCAUCUCCUAAAACUAGUGUUGGCCAAUUUGUUGUUAAUUUUUCAACUUGACUUUUUGCAAUUAAAUAUCGGUUCGAUGAUGAUGAUGUGACUACCAACGCAGUCGAUAGUCAAAUUCGGUAAUCUUAUCAAACGAACGAUCGCUGGCCCACAGAGGGCCUUCUUACUGCUGCUCCUGGCCGUUCGGAUAAAUUGGACAUGAGACCUCUGGACACAUCGCAUUCAAACCUCCUCCUCCACAAGCGAGCCGCUCACUCACAGUCCACCGGCACUCGCUAUUCGCUGCCCGUUGAGAUGUUAGUUUGAAUCGAUCAAUCGAUUUAGUCAAAAGUCGAUCAAUUCCAUUGGACGGCUGCUCGUUGCGGAACGCCGCUCGUCACGCUGGAAGGAAGGCGCACAGUCAGGCAGUGCUGCCACACGGGUGCACAUCGCGUUGUACACAUGGGGGACCUUUGAAUUUACAUCGUCGGGAUUUGGAAAUUCAUCACAAACAUAUUGCGUACAAAAGAGCACACCGUAUGGUGUGUACUCUAAUCGUACUGGCAAGCUGUUUUAUUGUUUUUUUUUUAUAGCUUCACGAUUAUACAAGUGCACCGAUGCAUUGUCGUCCAUUGCAAAGAGCGUUAGCAGUAAGCAAUCAUAAAAGCAACCUCAGAAGUGUUUAUUAACAGUUUGUGCACAUCCAGACAUUGCUUUGCAUAUCCAUUAUAUGAUACAUGCAGUGGAACAAUGCACCAUAUUUAUUUCACGGGUUGGUAGGUAUUCAUUUGCAUUCAAACAACGAUGACCUUUUUUUUUUUAAACCGUCACAUUGAGUUUGUUUUUCAGGUCUACAACAAUCAGGCGAAAUAAAUUGGUUUGCUUUAAAAAAAAUACUGCUUAUUGCUGAAACACAACAUACAGUGAUACCAUUAAUUAAUUUUCAGCGGAAUCUGCCUAAUAUCAUUGUGGUCUCAAAGCUCGUAACAUUAAUCAACAGUGACCCUCGAUGGACGGGGGCCAAACAAACAAUAUUAGUGUGCACCAGCAUGUAACAUUUAAUUGUUUCCUCAGUGUCUAAAUACACGUUUGCGUACCAUUUAAUUUUUCCAUAGAGCAAAAAAAAACCGGUCGUGGUGGAUUCACUGCACCCGGAAUAUUAUUCGUAGGUUUAAAGCAAUGCCACCUGUUUGUCAUGCACGAUGCAGCCUCUUCCGCUGACAGAUUAAGACAAGCACAGAAGCCAAGCCCAUUCCUCCACGGUGCAUCCUCGCAGUCUAGCUGUUAAUUUCAACAACGAACCGCUGCGAGCGAGCUAGCAGUGAGUACGUACGUUGAACUUCUUUCGCACCGUACGUUAGCCGACCGCACUAAUCGGAGGUGCGGGGGCAGGACAACAAUACUAAACACAAAAAGCAGUUCUCGAGAAAUUCGUUUUAAAUCCAGAUUUUUUAAACAGCUCCAGUGGCUCCCUUAUAUCAUGCCGGGUGUUAUUUGGGAUUUGUUUUCAGCGAUGACACAAAAUAACUAUUCUCGUCAAAAUAUAAUCAGAAUCUUUAUUUAUCCUGGAGAAAUCCGAUUAGCUAUGAAGCUCCUUUUUCCCAUAGAUGUCUAGUAGGGGGCGGCUCAGACCGAUACAACAACAACCCCCGCUAGGAGUGUAAAGUAUCGUAAAGGUAAGCAAAUCACUGAAAAUAAAUUAAUAAGUAGCAAAUAAACUAUUUUUAUUUUACGAGGUAAUGCCCAUUGAGCUAUUUGUUCUUUUUCAGAAGCAACCUGGUCCCAAAUGAUAGCUCAAUGAAGUGGCUUAUGUGCAAAUUUAUAUCAGUCGAAAAAAUCUAAAUGCAUGUUUCUAAAUGUGGAGUGAAAAAACAGAGGACCCAGAGAAGAAAACCCACGCGAUCACAGUGAGAACACGUACAACUCCAAAAAUACAGCAGGCGCCAGGGUCGGGAUUGAACUGACGGCAUCCUGCAUACCAGACGAGAAAGAUAACAUCAAAUAGAACAGUUUAUAAUCUGUCAAAACACAAGAUGAAUAACGUGAAGCUGAAAAACUGUGACAACCGAGACAUUGGCCAGUCACCAGUCUGGCUUAAAAAAAAUCCAACAGCUGGUGACAUCGUAACUUCAGUCUGAGAGGAGAGAGGGUUGCUGAGAGCAUAAUCAUUCUCAUGCGAAACGUGUGGAUUAUGGGAGUGAGACUACAUCGAUUAGUAUAGAUUCCUAAGGCUCACGUUCCAUGAGAAAUUGUGCACAUAAGAAUUAAUGUUCAUUUGGUUUAUGCUAAUUACCUUGAAAUUAUAAUCUAAUAUCUCAAUUCGGCAAAUGGUGUGAACAAAACUCUACAAACGUCAUAAAAAUUAUAAUUGAAAAACAAUACAAACGAGACCGUAAAAAACGAGAUACAAAAAUUAUACCUUCUUGAUUCAAAUUAUGCCCUGAAUCUGCAUGAUCCAUCGACUCAUUACACCCCCAAUGCAGGAAGGAGUUUAAUUAACUACAGUAAUUAGAAGCAGGAACAAGGAUUAAGAAUGCACCGGUGCUGGAUUUACACCAGAUGGGAACUCUUGAGGAAGCUGCAUCGAUUAGUGGAGCCAAUCUGCUGGGGGAAACGCUCAGAGGCCACUUCCUACAAAUUCCAAUUAUUGAAUUAACAAAAUUAUUUGGUGGUACAGGAGCACAAAUGCAAUAAAAAAAACCUAAACACAUGCGUCAAUAACACUGUUGCCCUAAAAGGGAAAAAAAUAUAAUGGGUAAUGCUUCAGGCGAUGGUCCUUCUUCAUAGAACCUGUGCCAUGUUUUACGCGCUAUGACGAAGGUCCAUUGUCCAAAGCAUCGCCCUAUUAUAGAGUUCCCAUUUAAGGCCACACAGCCUGAUUGACGAAUGUUGACCAUUUUUGCGAUUCAGAGUAUCGAGUUGACACCACCUGGGCUGAGUUUGUUUCCCUGUUCGAAGGCCAGAGCCCACGAAUCGCCACCACCAAAUCUCGACACAGACACGAUCGUUCUUCCCGAGCCGCUUCGCUGUUCUCGAAGGUCAAAGUUCUACCUGUGUGGUCUCAGAGAUGUUUGAUUUCCGAGGUGGGUGCCGAGCUGAGUGCUCUCUCGUUUUUGCUGCACCUUAAUAUUGUUGCUAUCUCUUCAGGCCCAUCGGUGGCGGUUACUAAAUUUUUUUGCGGGAAGCACAGCCCGGAGGCGUUGAUGUCAAGACUGCGGUAACAUUUGUGGCCUUGAAGGAGAUAAGUGACGUGCACACGUGUCUGUGUAUACACUCGUCCACAAACAAACAAAGGUUCCUCACAUAGCGUACAUAGGCUAUUUGGGGCAAGUGCUGUUAGUGCAAUGGAUAAGGGGAUGGUGUGGUCAGAACAACACCUGACCGUCUUUGUCUCUCCCUGUGAUGUUUGCGCAUCACGUAAUAUGCUCACGUACUAAGGGGAGGCGCGGGAUUGCUUUAGAUAUUCACCACUGAUACUGGCCAUGGACUGGAAUCAAACUCGGGUUGCCGAGUACAUAGCGUAGUGCAAUCACCACGACGCCACUGAUCCACCCAUACAAAGAUCCCCCGUGUGGGCUACAGAGACUUGGAGCAAGUGUUGUUAGCUAGCACCUAUGCCAGACACACAACAUGCUCAUACUUAGGGCAUGUAUGCAUACGUCGCAGGGACCAUAAUACUGCCAAGUGAGGAGAAACUAAAAUAUAGCAAUUUGUAAAAUAUGUGAACAAAUGCCUUUCAUGCACAGAGUGUGACUGACAUUUGUUUGAUGUUGCUCAUCACGUUUGUUUUUCUGUUCGUCACCAUUUUAAUUACCUUAUAAUCGCUUUAAUCUUUUUAAAUAUGUCAAUGCAAAAGCUAUGCACAUAAUGUAUAAUUCGUUGUGCUACUGUUUUGGGGUUGUUAUUUUGGUGGGGGGGGGGGAGUGGGAAUACGUUCAUCUAUUGCACAAAUGGUACAAAGGUACUGUUUCGUUUGUAGACAUGAAUGUGAUGUGUGCUGUGCAAGACGCUGGCAGGCCAGCACUGAUCAAUGGAAUUAUAUAUCCUAAACAAGAAUCAUUCUAUAGCAGAGAAUUGUGGAACCGUGUCCUUACUGCGAGCCGAAUAGGACUUUCAAAUUCUAGAUUUGAAGCUUUCGUGACUGCAAGGAUUCAAACUCUUAGUUUUUUCGGUAAAGUCACGUGACUUACCGAAAAAACUAAGAGUAGGACUUUCAAACUCAUUUGGUGGGCCCGCACGUUAGUUGGCACCAAACAGCUAGGACUGUAUGCAUCGAAUGGGUCUGCACGGCACAUCUUGAAAGACAACAGAGCGGCUGAACGUGCUAAAACUAGAAAGUUGUUCUAGAUUUGAAGCUUUCGUGACUGCAAGGAUUCAUAUUCUUAAGUUUUUUCAGUAAAGUCACGUAGGUAAAAAAAUGUUAAUUAAUAAAAGUAAAAUAAAAAUAAAAUAAAAAUCACGACGUUUCGGAGGCAACACAAGCUUCCGUCUUCAGGUGGAACCGUCACAGCACGAUAGCUGUAUCAAUAGCUGUAUGAAAACGGAAGCUUGUGUUGCCUCCGAAACGUCGUGAUUUUUAUUUUAUUUUUAUUUUACUUAUAUUAUUUUUUAUUAUGUUUUUUACCUACGUGACUUUACCGAAAAAACCUAAGUAUAGAAACUUGUUGCUUUUUCCGGGUCAAAAAUAUGCCCCUCUAACAUCUGAUUAGUGUGGCUAAAAUCCUUGGAGUGGUGGAUAAUUAUUGUUUGUGCGGCCUUUGCGCAGUGGUAGGCCUGUCCACAUGAAAUAAAUUCACUGGUACUAUUCAAUACGCAGGGCCAUAGGUUCCCAACUUCUGUUCUAUAGGUGAAUAUCAUCAGCCUUAGGGCCACUUAUAUUUUGGUGCUAUUCAGCCAUUUAAAUGUUUGGUCAUAGUGUCUAUGAGGACGUUGUAAAUUACAUGUUUUUUUGGAAUCUGUGUUUUUCAACAGAAUGCAAUUAUUCUGUCCGUGUGCUUUAAUUCCCGUACAGAUAAUGUUUCAUUUAUUUUAAAUUAUGUAACUGCAACGGCCUAAUUGGUUUGUAUGUUAAAAUAUAUAUGCACACUUUUGAAGUAAGUAUGGCAUGCAAAUUAAAUGUAAUGACUUUAAUCUGGUGAUAUUCAUGCCAGUGAUGAUGUUUAAAAAAAAAAGUAAACUUUUAUGUCAACCAUCAUUUAUCAUUUUAAUCAACUAAACAUUUUUUUACAUUUUUUAAAACUUACCGUUCACAUACUUGAGGCCUUGUUAUCAAUCUACUCUGGAUAUUUUCGUUUUAGUUUUAUCGAACACCAAUAAUCUUUUGCAUUCACACGCGUAUAUUGCAUCCGCAAAGCAAUUCUUUAAAAGAUGUUUUUGUAUUCCUGACAUACUAUUUUGCACUGUACUUUACGUAAAAUCAUGGUGCUAGCACUGUUUGAAAUAAAACUUGUCAUGCAAAAAUAAAGAAAUAAACGCUACAACGUUGUAUGUGUCAUCUAUUGUCCUCUCUUAAUAGACAGUUCUUUGAUAUUAUCUCCAGCCUUUGUGUCUUGGGAUCUCCCCGAAUCCACCGAAUCCAAUCACGGGGCAAUCCUUCUAACCCUAAGAAUAUUAUUUCCAAA